CCUCUCACACACGCCCGCCCCGGCCCGGCCUGCCUCACACACGGCGUCCCGGCUCGGUGUCCCCGCGGCGGGAGCGUGCCGGCCGGGCCGCCUCUCCACAGCCGUCCGGGGCGGCCCGGGCCCGAGCUCGCCUCUGCUGGCCGGUGGCGGGCUUGGCGACGCGCAGCCGGCACGGUCUGAAGGGGUUGCCUGCAUGUGGCAUGUGAACACUGCCAACCGUCUCCGUGCCGGGCUGUGCCUGUUGGAACCAUGUUUGGGAGGUUGACUGUUCCGCAGAUGCUUUUUGCGACCGUCCUUGGAAUCGCUGGAGGAAUAUAUAUUUACCAACCAAUAUUUGAACAGUAUUCCAGAGAUCAGAAGGAAUUAAAAGAAAAGAUGAAAUGGGCCCAAGAAUCCCAAGAGAAGAAAAGUUAAUGCUACAUGAAGUGGAAUUGGAACAGCUGGUCAAAUGUCCACUGAAAACAUACAUUGGUUAUAUACAAAUAAAAGAGAUUCUAAGCAUAAAUAAACUAUAAUAAUUUCAAAUGA